AUGAAGAUACGAGUUUUGUUUGGCACCUUCGUGUUUUUGAGUACAGUGUACCUGUUCUACAUACCAAUUUCGGUUAUAUUCACAUCCUGGCGCUAUCAUAAGACCGAAGGAGCUUACUUCUUGAGAUCCCAGAAUGCAUUGAAAGCUUAUUCAAAUAUCAGGCGCUUUGAUGCGAUUCUGGGUGCGCCGAAGCUGUCGACGAACACGUAUCUCGAUCAGAUCAUUCGCAAAAAUGUAAGUGGUCAUAGUUCUGACAUCGAGCUCCAAAAUGCGACUUUGCUGAUGUUGGUCCGCAAUUGGGAAAUCGAGGGUGCUCUCAAGUCUAUGCGAUCUUUAGAAGACAGGUUCAAUCGAAAUUACAAGUAUACUUGGACCUUUUUAAAUGAUGUUCCUUUUAGUGGGGAGUUCAUCGAGGCCACAACAGCAAUGGCCAGCGGUAAAACCCAAUACGGAUUGAUCCCCAGCGAGGAUUGGAAUCGGCCAUCGUGGAUCAACGAAACCGAAUUCGAAAACUGUCUCCAACUUAUGCGGGAAAAGCAUGUGAUUUAUGGCGAGUCGAAAUCCUACAGGAAUAUGUGUCGGUUUAAUUCGGGGUUUUUCUUGCGACAAGCAAUAUUAGAUAAAUACGACUACUACUUCCGAGUUGAGCCAGAUGUCGACUAUCUCUGUGAUUUUCCUUACGACCCCUUCAAAAUUAUGCGGGAAGGUCACAAGAAAUAUGGAUUUGUGAUUACGAUCUAUGAGUACGAAGACACUAUACCGACCUUAUGGGACGCAGUUGAAGAGUUCAUAGAGGAGCAUCCUGAUCUCGUUAACGCCAGUACAAAUAGUCUCAAAUUUGUCACGUCGUCGGGUCGCAUAGGGAAAACGACGCCGAUUGUCGAAUCCAAUUCUGAAUAUAAUUUAUGCCAUUUCUGGUCCAACUUUGAGAUCGGGGACUUAAAUUUCUUUAGAAGUGAGGCAUACCUCAAAUAUUUCGAAUGGCUCGAUUCUAAAGGUGGGUUUUUUUACGAAAGAUGGGGUGAUGCACCAGUGCAUUCUCUGGCGGUAGCAUUAUUGCUUGACACAAGCGAGAUUAUUCACUUCGAUGAACUUGGCUAUUUCCACGCACCUUUCAGUUCGUGUCCCGACGGACGUUCCUUGAGGUUGGCUCAACGCUGCAUAUGCGACAUACCGCAAGCCGAUAAGGUUGACAUUGCCCCCAACAGCUGUCUCAUGCGCUGGUGGAAAGACGGCGGUGGUAAACGCUUUAUGAAAAACAAAUAA